AUGAGCGCAGCACACAAAGGCAGCAAGCCAGGACUAUACACACCCGACAGCAAGGACUCACUCGACAGCACUUCGACUUCCGCGAACACUCCAGUCGUGGAUUCAGGAUGCCCAGCUAUCCGAACACCAGCAUCUACGUCCCCGGCCUCGUCCGCGGUUGAGCGCAAUCAGAAUGGCGUGGAUCGUCAGUACGAUGAAAAGAAUGCCGUGAACCAUCCAUCCUUCUCCAGCAAGGAUGAGGACCAAGAGCAUCAGAUGGCAUUGACCGCCACACGCUCGACUCAAGCGCCCGAUGGACACGAAUACCCAGAAGGCGGCCUUCGCGCCUGGCUGGUUGUUGUCGGCUCCUUCUGCGGUCUCCUGGCCGCUCUAGGUAUUAUGAACACCAUCGGUAUCUAUCAAGCCUACUUGGCCGAGCAUCAACUUGCGAACUACAAUGAGAGCACCAUCGGCUGGAUUAUCAGUGUCUACGUCUUCCUGUCGUUCGGUGCGGGGCUACUGAUCGGACCAGUCUUCGACAAAUAUGGUCCAAGAUACCUGGUUCUGGUCGGCAGCAUCUUGGUCAUGCUAUGUGCUAUGCUGCUAGGUGUAUGCACGGACUAUUGGCAUUUCAUGAUCGUCUUCGGGAUACUGGGAGGCACGGGAACUGCACUCGUCUUCACACCUGCGAUCGCAUCGAUCGGGCACUUCUUCUACGCGAAACGUGGCAACGCAACUGGUCUUGCGGCGACAGGAGGCGCCAUUGGCGGUGUCAUCUUCCCGCUUAUGCUACAGGACUUGUUUCCCAAGGUCGGCUGGGGAUGGGCAACGCGCAUCCAGGGCUUCGUCUUCCUUGGGCUGCUACUCGCCUGCAACCUGCUCAUCAGAUCACGUUUGCCACCUAAGGACAAUGCGUCAAUCCUGCCCGACUUUCGCAUCUUUCGCAAUGUGGACUUUGCGCUUGUCACGAUAGGAACGUACUUCAUGGAAUGGGGCCUCUUCGCACCGAUAUCGUAUGUCACAGCGUACUCACUCAGCUUUGGAGCAAUGAGCUCGACCUUCGCCUAUCAGAUCAUCGCCAUCUUCAACGCCGGCUCAGCCUUUGGACGAUGGAUCCCAGGUCUUCUGGCAGACAAGAUAGGACGUUUCAACGCCAUGCUAGCUGCCUUACUCUUAUGUAUGGCAUCUUCGCUGGCACUGUGGCUACCUGCUACAGUCAUCUCUGCAUCGCCUGACCACGACCAGAGCGAUGUCGCCUUCGGUCUGACGAUCACGUUCUGUGUGCUGUUCGGCUUUGGCUCGGGGUCCAACAUCAGCUUGACACCGGUCUGUGUUGGCAUGCUGUGCAAGACGGAGGAGUAUGGACGGUACUACUCGACGUGCUAUUGCAUUGUGGCUAUCGGUACUUUGACAGGGAUUCCGAUUGCUGGUGCGUUGAUUGAGGCGUGCGAUGGUGCGUACUGGGGUGUAGCACUGUUCACGGGCUUGUGCUAUAUCAUUGCUCUGGCAGCGUUCGUUGCGGUGAGAGUGAUGAAAGUUGGGUGGAAGUGGAAUGCGAAGUUCUGA